AUGCUGGCGAUGUCAGGUCUCGGCCCGGGCUCGCAGCAAAGCAGCGGUAGCACUGUGGUGUCGAACGCUGUCGGCCGCUAUCGAAGACCGCCGUCGUCGGUGUCGAAUGGGCAACAAAGUGGCAGCAGUGGCACGAGUGACGAGCUUCGCUUCCGCAUCUCCAACAACAAUGGGCGGGUGUCGCGUUGCAGUUUACUGCGCAGUAACUUGAACUCGGAGAACAUUCUGGUCGAUUCGAGCGACUCGCAAGACUCAUCUCCUCCAGAAUGGUCUGCGGGUUAUUCCUGCGAGUCGGAUGACGAGAAAAUUUUGCAGCAAAAAUUGGAACGAGGCCAAGAAGAAAACAUUGCUGGAACGUAUUUUUCAAAAUCGACGCGACAAGCAAAACUUCUCGAGAAAGCCAGAAAGGAUUCACACGUGAAUGGACCCAGUUGGCGAGCAAACGGGUACAACAUUAAUCCGAUGGACUCGAUGCGAAAACCAACCAGACUGCAGGCAUUGCCGGAUUUGGACCGUGGCGGCGGAAUCAGGGCAACAAAAAAACGUUCCAGAGCAGGACUCAACACCCUCGACCUUAUAUGACCUGGAUUAUUUUACCAAUUUACCUGAUUGAUAAACCUGAACGUCCGGGAAAAAACGUUCUGAAAGUACCUGUGAUGAAAAUGCGGAAUUUAUUAUUUAAAAAAAUGAAGAAGAGCGUGCAGUAAAUGCAGCGACCUCGUUAUUUGAAGGUAUAUA